UUAAUUUGUUUCACACUGUAUCAGUCCCAUUAAGAGUUAGUGAUGCAAGUUGGUUGUAGAGGAUGCGCGGUAUCAUUUACUCUAACUAACAGAAAAGCAGAGAGAGAAGUUACAGUAAGGUUCGAUCUUGGGCUUUCAAGAGCAAGAGACUGCAGCGUCCUGUCAAUUCACGUCAAUAUCGCGGAAAACCUUUAUGCUCCGCAGCGACGGUAGCAGAUGAACUGUGGGCGACUGCAGAUUUCGUUAGAGGAAACCGACGAUGGGACUGUUUUCGGAGAGACUCUCCACCUGCCUGCGGAUCCUUGUAUUCCUUGAUUUUUGUAGUCAUCCAGUGACAGCCAAAGGGGGCAGCAAGGACACCCUCCCCACUCUGCUGGCGUCCGCCCCCACAAUGCUCCCCCAGUUCCUGCAGGAGCCGGAUGAUGCGUAUAUAGUGAAGAGCAACCCCAUCAAGUUACGCUGCCAGGCCGCACCUGCCCUGCAGAUAUUUUUUAAGUGCAACGGGGAGUGGGUGCACCAGAGCCAGCAUGUGUCCCAGGAAUUCAGGGACGAGGCCACAGGCUUGAAGAUCCGUGAGGUGAUGAUCAACGUUUCCCGUCAGCAGGUGGAGGAUUUCCAUGGUCCUGAGGACUACUGGUGUCUGUGUGUGGCUUGGAACCAUCUGGGCACCUCAAAGACGCGGAAGGCUACCGUGCGCUUAGCGUAUUUGCGGAAGAACUUUGAGCAGGACCCCCAGGGGAAGGAGGUACCAAUCGAGGGCAUGAUUGUUCUGCACUGUCGUCCUCCAGAUGGUGUCCCGGCUGCAGAGGUGGAGUGGCUGAAAAAUGAGGAACUGUUGACCUCACUGAAUGACGACAAUAUUGACACACGGGCCAACAGUUUGAUCAUUACUCAAGCCCGACUGUCAGACUCGGGGAAUUACAGCUGUCUGGCCAGCAAUGUCGUGGCCAAGAGACGGAGCGCCACGGCAGCGGUGCUGGUUUUCGUGAAUGGGGGCUGGUCGUCGUGGACGGAAUGGUCUUCUUGUAGUGUGCACUGUGGGAGGGGUGUCCAGAAGCGGUCCCGAACCUGCACCAACCCAGCCCCGCUCAAUGGGGGGGCCUUCUGUGAGGGCAUGUCUAUGCAGAAGAGUACCUGCAAUGCAGUCUGUCCAGUUGAUGGUGGCUGGGAGGAAUGGUCCGAGUGGGUGGCCUGCAGCUCCGAGUGCGAGAGGCAGCGCAGCAGACAGUGCACCUCCCCCACGCCCAAGCACGGUGGGAAGCUUUGUGAGGGAAUCGCCCUUCACAUACAAAACUGCACAGGCGGCUUCUGCAUGCAGAAUCGAAAGCUGUUGCAUGAUAUGAAUCCGCAGAAUAUGGAGGCCAACAGCGAUGUCGCCCUCUACUCCGGCUUGACGGCUGGCGUCAUCGCUGUAACCAUUCUUGUGAUAAGCGUCAUGCUCUACCGGAGGAACCGCAGUGAUUAUGGGGUCGACGUCAUUGACUCAUCAACAUUUACAGGGGGCUUCCAGUCAUUUAACUUCAAGACCACAAGGCAAGGAAACCCACUUCUAAUGAACUCCGCCACGCAUCCGGAGCUCACAGUAGAACGUACCUACAGUAGCCCCAUGUGCUUCCAGGAUGCCAUGGACAAGGAGUCCUCCCUCUUUGACCCUUUGACAGACAUGAAGGUCAAAGUUCAGAGCUCCUUCAUGGUGUCUCGGGGGGUUACUGACUGUGUGGAGUACCACGUGAAAGGCUAUCCUGACACCUUCCCACGAGGGCUGAACACGGACUACAGAAUGAUAGAAAGCUACAAUAAAACUUUGGUUACUCCUAUUCGUAAUACACAGUUGAAGAUUACUGGUGUAUUUGGACAUUUGGGUGGACGGCUGGUGGUGCCUAAUUCAGGAGUUAGUCUUCUGGUGCCACACGGAGCCAUUGCUGAGGAGCGCAUGUGGGAGAUGUACGUCACUGUCAGCGAAGAAUGCAGUCCACAGGUGGAUGAAGGCUUUGAAAUACUGCUUGGCCCUGAAGUCACAUAUGGUCCAGCUGGCUUUGACCUCUGCUGCCCCGUGGUCUUGACAAUAACCCAUUGUGCCCAGGCCAGUCUAGAAGAUUGGAGUAUCAGACUCAAAAGAAAAACUCAAGAGAAUAAGUGGGAGGAAGUGAUGUCACUGAUGGACGAGACCCUUUCCUGUUACUGCCUGAUGGACUCCUUAAGUUGCCACUUCCUGCUGGAGCAGCCGGGCUGCUUUGUGCUCACAGGGGAGCCGCUAACUGAGAAAGCUUCCAAGCGACUACGGUUGGCUGCCUUUGGAUGCGCAGGCCCUGGUACCAUGGAGUACAGUCUGCGGAUUUACUGCGUGGACGACACACCCCAUGCCUUUCAGGAGGUGAUAGCCACAGAGAAACUCAGAGGGGGGGAACUUCUGGAAGAACCUAAGACUCUGUGCUUCAAGGGGAACACCUUUAGCCUCCAGGUUUCCAUCCAGGACAUCCCACAGUUUUUGUGGAACAUCAAGCCUUUCACCACUUGUCAGGAGUUUCCCUUCUCACAGGUGUGGCGCAGCAAUCAGCAGCCUCUGCACUGUGGCUUCUCCCUGGAGCGAUACAGCACAGCCACCUCCCAGCUCUCCUGCAAAAUCAGCGUGCGGCAGGUCAAGGGGCAGGAGCAGAUCAUCCAGGUCUACACGUCUGUGGCGGAGAGAGAAAAGGAUACAGCUGCAGUCUUCAGGCCAGCAGACUGCUCUGUCACGUUUCAGACAGGACCCAAGGCCUUCAGAAUUCCCCUCUCCAUACGCCAGAGGAUAUGCAAUACUUUUGAUACCGCCAAGGGCAAGGACUGGAGGCUGUUAGCACAGAAACUUCACAUCGAGAGGAAUCUAUCGUAUUUCGCCAAGCAGCAGAGCCCUUCAGGGAUGAUUCUGAACCUGUGGGAGGCACUGCACCAGGACAUUGGGGACCUUGAUUUGUUGGCCAGGGCUCUUGAGGAGAUCAGCAGAGUGCAAGCAAACAGCCCGCUCAGCUGCGCAGCUGCAGAUGAAUCUGCCACAGACUUAAUGUGCAGCAAGUGGGGUGCAGGGAGCAGGGAGGCGAUGGGACAAGGAAACGCAGACUUCACUCAGUAGACGUCCACUGAUUUUCCAGCUUCUUAGAGGAAUCUUCACCUCUUGAGCCACCCAGAAUCCAGCUACCAGGGAAGGAACACCCCAGUCUCCACAGCAGCAAGCAAGCAAGAUGUGUUGGUGUUUGUUAGACUGAACAUCAGACCAGUCAGAGCGUUUAAGUGAGGGAUUGAGCGUGGGCAUGCUGCAGCACCCGGAGCACCCCAUCCUCGCAGUGCCACAUACCCACAAACGCUUGCUGCUUGGUUGUUCCCUUCUUCUCUUCUCUCUAAUUCAGCUGCAUUUUGUCACAUUAAAGUAAUGAGGUAACACUUUGUAGUUUCAGGCACCACCCCCCUCCCCCCCCAAAAAAAAUCUCCUCAGAUUAUAAUGUAGUAAUUACUUGUAAAACGCUGUCCUUGAUCCUGGAGACAAGGGCAGAAACUAUCAAGGUUUAACUGUUUAGCAAUACUGGAAUAGACACAUCUAUAAUGGCAAUGUGUUUGAACUCACAGGAAUUGAAUGUAUUUUACUGCCUAAUUUCACCAUAUAUGAAUGAAGUAUUUCAUGCUUUUAUUUUAACACCAACCACCUGGCCCAAUCUUUCAUUUAUUUAUUGCCGAAUAUGUGCACUAGUUAUAUGUAAAUAAGACUGUCCAUAAUUGGUACUAAUGUGAAAGACAGGCAAGCAUUACUGGCAGUAAGGCAGACCAGACUCACGCCUUUCUCUUGACCCACUCGGCCUUAUAAAUCCACUCCGAUUCAGCCUUGUGUACAAAUGGGGGACAUGAACUCGUAGUUCAGAGACCAGAGGUUGUUCAUUUAAAAGGAGAAUAAAGAAGAGAGAAGCACAAGGCACCAUCCGAGCUGUUUUAACCAAAUGGGAGAGGAAGCGCAUUGAGAUGCGGUGCUUUACCGACUACAAUGGCAUGGUCCAACUUUAUGCUGUAUUCAUGUGUGUUCUGAUAUUAUCAUGCUGAAAAACAGGAAUUAAAUGUAAAAACGGAAUGGCUAAAUAUAUUUAUUAUGUGUUACUGCAGGUAUUACUCGUAAAUGUAACUUAUUUUUUAAAUUGGUUUGUUAUUUAAUAUUGUUUUAAUUAUUACGAACAUUAUACCUUUAAAUGCAAUUAUUUUCAGAUUUUUUUCUUCCUUGUAAAGCGACCUUGGGUCUGUGAAAGGUGCUGUAUAAAUGUAAGAUUAUUAUAUUACAUAUUGUGAAUUACAAAUCUUUUAUUUUCUAAUUUCUUAUUUUAAUUUGCUUUAGUUUCUUUGUAUUUAUUUGUUAAUUUUUUUAAAUAUUUUCCAAAAAAUACACAUAUAAUAAUAUGGGCUACAGCAGGCCAUUUUCAGGCUUCACUUGUAAGCUAGUCUGACUGGGUCUGCUAUAUUUUCUGCUUUAUGUUAAAUUAAUAAACUAAAAUAUUUUGAGGUCCUACAACCCCCUCUCCAAAUAAAUUGGGAUGCUGUGUAAAAUAUAAAUAAAAACAGAAUCCAAUGAUUUGCAAA